CACUUUAAAAGCCCCCGGAACCGGCUGGGUUGCUAUGUGACCAAGCAGGAAUCAUUUAGUAACUUUCGCUGGCUUUGCUUCCGCAUGUCACCGUGUGUUAGGUUUGCGUGUAGCUCAUCUCUCGGAGUUGUUAUGUGUGUUUAGUGCUAGUAAUAUCGACUGUUUGUUUUAAAGACGUUUUUAUUGCUUUAUGGUUUAAGUUUUUUUUUUCUUUUAAUUAUUAUUUUUUUUAGAAAAACUGAAUCUUCCUGGAAGAUGGCGUACGCGAUGUCCUGGAUAAUUAACCCAGUGAGGGCCGCUGGAACAGUUUGGCACCAAAUGAAAAAAUAUAACGAGUUGCCCGUACUUGCCAAGCCGAACGUGUGCAUCCGAGACCGGAAGAGGGUGGAAGAAAUGAUCCUCUCCCUUCAGAAAGGAGGGGCCAGCAAACUACAGAUUAUUUCCGACUUUGAUAUGACCUUGACCAGGUUUGCCCACAAUGGAAAGCGCUGCCCCUCCUGUCACAAUAUCGUGGAUACAAGCCGGUUGAUCAGUGAAGACUGUAAAAAGAUGCUUAAAGAUCUUUUGAAUACCUACUAUCCUAUUGAAAUAGACCCAAGUCGAUCCGUUGAAGAGAAGUUACCGUUAAUGGUUGAAUGGUGGACAAAAGCCCAUGACUCCCUGGUAGAGCAGAAGAUUCGAAAGGACCAGCUUGAGAUGGCAGUGAGGGAGUCUGACGCCAUGCUCAGAGAUGGGUUCAAGACUUUCUUUGACCAACUUUACGAGCACAGCAUUCCCCUGGUGAUCUUCUCCGCGGGGAUUGGGGAUGUCCUAGAGGAGAUCAUUCGCCAGGCCGGAGUCUUUCACCCCAACAUCAAGGUGGUCUCCAACUACAUGGACUUCGAUGAGAACGGUGUUCUGCGGGCGUUCAAAGGGGAGCUGAUCCACACCUAUAACAAGCGGGAGGGGGCGCUGAAGAACUCCGGGCUCUUCAACCAGCAGACAGGGAGCCGAAACAUCAUCCUGCUGGGAGACUCCAUGGGGGACCUCAGCAUGGCGGACGGGGUGGAGAACACGGAGAACAUCCUCAAGAUUGGAUUCCUCAACGACAAAGUGGAGGAGCGAAGGGAACAGUAUUUAAACUCCUACGACAUUGUGCUGGUGAAGGACGAAUCCAUGGAUGUCGUGAACGGAAUCCUGCAGUACAUCAUUGCCAAGAACUGAGGAGCAGCGAGCCAGGAAAGGACUGGGUGUGCAAACGCUUGCUGUGCGCUACGACGCCCACCUCCGUGCCUCGCCUAAAUCGUACCCAGACCCCGUUUGUUUCGUUGUCAGCCUGUGUUAAUAAGAAAAGCCACUUAUCUGAAAAGGGAAACUGUGGUGUAUGGCAGAGUAUUCAGCACCACCCUUAACUGUUUGGAGGCCAGUGUGUGGUUUAUUUUUUCUAUAUAGUUGUCUGUCUUUUUUAAGUUCCUCAUUCUGAAAAAGUCAUUCUUUUUAAAAAGAACAGAGAUUCACUCUGCUGUCUUGUCUUGAUUCUUUUUUUUAAAAGAAGAAAGCUGUUCUGCACUUUUAUUUUUUUUUUUAAACCUGUACUUUCCAUAUUGUUUGUAGCCAGACAGUCAUGUGCACAUGUAUUAGAACACCUCAAGUUUUAUGGUUUAUAUCCUUUAUAUACAUACCUGCAUGAAAACCUCUGGGGUGAGAAUUUCGGUCAGUAAUUGGUGAUUUACAAACAAUAGGCACUCGUGUGGAAAUGCUAGACCACUUUGUACUUUAAUUAGGCACCUUAAACUAUCUAAAGUCUCCUGCAUUUUACCAUUUGAGGCUACAUGUUCCUUGUUCUCUUACUGUUUUACAUUAGUUGCAUUUGUGGCCUAUUAAAGUCAUUAGUUAAAUGAAACAGUUGCUGAUUUGCCUUUUUUUGACAAUUUUUCCAAGAUUUAUCCUUACAUGUGCUUAACAGAUAAAAACUACAGAAGCAAUGGGAUAUUCUAAUAAGUGUGCACACUGCUGGAUCUAAUAUAUAGGAUAAGCUUGGAUAGUAGUUUGGGACAGGCAACAUUGCUCAAGUGUUAUUUUUACAAAAGGUAAUGUCUACCAAGUUUACAUUGUAAAACAUUUAAUUAAAAAAAAACGUACAUUGGGGGAGAAAUUGUAAAGCUUACAAUUGAAGCACUAGUGUCGACGAAUGGGUUUGUGGAAUGAUUUUUUCAUAUUCCAGUUUCAACGCCUCUAACCAGAGUGCUCCAGUAACUUCCUAUGCUGUGUGUGUGUGGGGGGGGGAUUAUGUAUUAUUACAUGUGCUACCAUUCUGAAAGUGUUCAAUGUUUUAGAAGUGUAAAUUGACAGGCAUGUUUACAUCAUUGUAUUCCCAGCAUCCUGUUUGGCAGGCAGUCUCGUUAGACGUGCAAGUAACACAGCUCAAAUGGACCACUUUUAGGUUUCACUAUUUUAUUUUAGAGGUGUCAUAAAAGCAUCAGAAGGGCUACAUUUGCAGAAUCAAGAGUUACAUUUAGACUUCAGUUUUUGCAGAUAUAAAAAUCAGAGUAAGUUACCAUAACGAUAUAGUAUAUGGCACUUAAGCCUCUGUAAUGGAAUUUAGUUGCAAUGUUGUCUAAAACGUGGCAGCUAACCCUUUAAGAUGGAAUCUUUACCUUUUAUGUGUUACCUUUAAAUGAAAAAGCUUUCAAAAGGGCUUAAACUGGCGUCGAAUUGAAGCAGUUAUACCAGUGUUUUAUUUCGUUUCUGUAUUGAAGUACGCAUUAAACACAUCAUUGAUCAAAAUUUCAAUGUGCAGCAUUCUGUUAAAAUGAGCUUCUCACGGUGGCGGCACAUUACUUCAGUAGAAGUCACUGUUUUUUAGUCCCUUAAACUGGCUUUAAAUGAAAGCAUUUGAAGAAUUACUAUUAUGAAGGAAUUGGAAAUUGAUUUUAAAAAGGACUCCAUCCCUGCUAAGUAGAGCUAUGCAUUUCAGCUCUAGAGGACUGGCAGUGUCACUGAGAAAAAAAAUAAAGCAUUCUCACACUGCUCAAAUAAACUGUUGCUCAGAAAACUCUGGUCUUGGUUCCUGUUUAAAAGGUGUUUGUACAAUCCUACAUAGAAGAGUGGAAAAAAUAACCAAAUAAAACAGUGAAAUGCAUUGAAAAAGAAAACUGGGUGGGGGUGCAGAAAGAUGGGCUGAUGGAGAACUGAGCUGCAUUGUAACACAUGAAACAUUCUCAGAAAAGCCUGGCCCAUCUCUCUGCACCUUUGUCAUAAACUUUGCACAAAAGUCAGAAGAAAACGUAGUGUUUUGG